GCCCGGGCGCGCGGACCGGCCGCAGGAAGUUGCUGCUGCAAAACUUUUUUGGGGGGUGCAGCUGGGGCCCCCAGUGCGCCGGGGCCGGAUGCGCGCCGCAUAGCGCCUCCCGGGCCGAAAGGGGUGCCCGCAGGCAGGCGCGCAGCGGGGGCGCCCCGGCCCCGCUGCCCGGGGGCUAUGGCCAUGGUGGCCGGCGGCUGGGGCGGCCCCGGCGGCGGCGACACGAAUGGUGUGGACAAGGCGGGAGGUUACCCGCGGGCGGCCGAGGACGAUUCGGCCUCACCCCCGGGCGCCGCCAGCGACGCCGAGCCGGGCGACGAGGAGCGGCCGGGGCUGCAGGUGGACUGCGUGGUGUGCGGGGACAAGUCGAGCGGCAAGCAUUACGGCGUAUUCACCUGCGAGGGCUGCAAGAGCUUCUUCAAGCGGAGCAUCCGCCGCAACCUCAGCUACACCUGCCGGUCCAACCGUGACUGCCAGAUUGACCAGCACCACCGGAACCAGUGUCAGUACUGCCGCCUCAAGAAGUGCUUCCGCGUUGGCAUGCGCAAAGAGGCCGUGCAGCGAGGUCGCAUCCCACAUUCGCUGCCGGGCGCCGGCGCCACCUCGUCGGGCAGCCCCCCGGGCUCGGCGCUGGCAGCGGCGGCGGGCAGCGCCCUCUCCCCAGGCCAGCCAGUGUCGGAGCUGAUCGCGCAGCUGCUGCGUGCUGAGCCCUACCCGGCUGCGGGCCGCUUUGGCGCGGGGGCGGCGGGCGCGUUCGGCCCGGGCGGCACAGGCGCGGUGCUGGGCAUCGACAAUGUGUGCGAGCUGGCGGCGCGCCUGCUCUUCAGCACCGUGGAGUGGGCGCGCCACGCUCCCUUCUUCCCUGAGCUGCCGGUGGCCGACCAAGUGGCGUUGCUGCGGCUCAGCUGGAGCGAGCUGUUUGUGCUGAACGCGGCGCAGGCGGCGCUGCCCCUGCACACGGCUCCGCUGCUGGCCGCCGCGGGGCUGCACGCCGCGCCCAUGGCCGCCGAGCGCGCUGUGGCCUUCAUGGACCAGGUGCGCGCCUUCCAGGAGCAGGUGGACAAGCUGGGCCGCCUGCAGGUGGACUCGGCCGAGUACGGCUGCCUCAAGGCCAUCGCGCUCUUUACACCCGAUGCCUGCGGCCUCUCGGACCCAGCACACGUGGAGAGCCUGCAGGAGAAGGCGCAGGUGGCCCUGACAGAGUAUGUACGGGCCCAGUACCCAGCCCAGCCCCAGCGCUUCGGGCGCCUGCUGCUGCGGCUUCCAGCCCUGCGUGCUGUCCCUGCCUCACUCAUCUCCCAGCUGUUCUUCAUGCGCCUGGUGGGCAAGACGCCCAUCGAGACGCUGAUCCGCGACAUGCUGCUCUCCGGGAGUACUUUCAACUGGCCUUACGGCUCCAGCCAGUGACCUCCAGGGACACCGAUGCUUGGGGCUCCUGGGGGCCCCCAGGCGGAGGACCCCGGCUCCUUCUCAGACUCCUCUUUUUUUAAAGACUGUGAAAUUGUCUUUUCUGUUUUUUAAAUGAUCAUGAAACCAAAAAGGAGACGGAUUGUCCGAACUCCAGCCACGUCUUCCAGUCCCCUCGCCAAGAUGGAUGGAGGGACGGAGGAUCGAAUCCCUCGACAGCCUUGGACAGCCAGUGAACUCAUGGGACGGCAGGGUGGGAUAGAGGCCUGGUGGCUGGACUAGGGGGCGGCCCCAGCCCGGCAAGAGUAAGCAUGGGCCAGGUGGACUCUCUGGACACAUGAUCCACGUCUGACACUACAUGAGGAAUGAAUCAAGGGGACACA